AAGAUCUUCUCUACGAAGUCCCUGGUUUCUUUUUUUUUUUUUUUUUUUUCGUAUGCUGACAGUAAUCGAGCACUGAGUUCGUCCGAGUCGGCUCAGAGCGAGAACAGGAAACUCGGUGGCUCGAGCAUGUACAGCGGUUCCAGUGAUGGCGAAGGCCACGACGCCGCUCAGAGGAAGAUCCCGCCGGCAUCUUCCAUGUUGUGGGUGCGAAACCUCCGUCGUUUCAUCGGAUCCGGUACCGGACUCGGAUCCGAAGCCCUAAUGGAGCUUGAAAUCAAGAGAAUCUUGCUUGAUAUUUUUAAAGAGAAGCAACAAAAAAGUGCUGAAGCUGGCACAAUACCGAGUUUCUAUAAGAAGAAACCUGAAGAAGGAUCUAUUAGUCAAAGGGUCCAGAGGCUGGCAAAAUAUCGGUUUUUAAAGAAGCAAUCUGAUCUUUUGCUAAAUGCUGAUGAUCUGGAUGCAAUGUGGGUUUGCUUAAGGGAAAAUUGUGUUAUUGAUGAUGCCACUGGUGCAGAAAAGAUGAACUAUGAAGAUUUUUGCCAUAUUGCCUCUGUAUGUACUGAGCAAAUAGGCCCCAAAUGUCGACGCUUUUUCAGCCCUUCGAAUUUCAUGAAAUUUGAAAAGGAUGAAUCAGGAAGAAUUGCCAUUCUCCCUUUUUACCUUUAUGUGAUGCGAACGGUAUCACUUACACAGGCCAGGAUUGAUAUGAGUGAGCUUGAUGAGGAUUCUGAUGGUUUCCUUCAGCAACAUGAGAUGGAGGCCUAUAUACGAGGUCUUAUACCUAAUCUGGCACAACUACGUGACAUGCCUCCUGCCUUCGUUCAAAUGUAUUGCCGCAUAGCUGCACACAAAUUCUUCUUCUUCUGUGACCCUCAUAGACGAGGAAAAGCCUGUAUAAAGAAGGUGCUGCUAAGUAACUGUCUCCAGGAACUGAUGGAACUGCACCAGGAAAGCGAGGAAGAAGUAACUGACACUGAACAAGCUGAAAACUGGUUCUCUUUGACGUCUGCCCAGCGCAUCUGUGAUGUCUUUCUCACCCUUGACAAAGAUAUGAAUGGUACAUUGAGCAAGCAGGAGCUUGGAGAAUAUGCAGAUGGGACAUUGACUGAAAUUUUCAUCGAAAGAGUUUUUGAUGAACAUAUUCGUCGUGGCAAAACUGGUGGGGGAAAUGCUAGGGAGAUGGACUUGGAAAGUUUUCUCGAUUUUGUCCUUGCAUUAGAAAAUAAAGAUACACCUGAAGGGUUAACAUACUUGUUUCGGUGCCUUGAUCUUCAUGGAAGAGGUUUCCUUACAACAGCUGAUAUACACUCGCUUUUCAGAGAUGUGCACCAGAAAUGGAUUGAGGGUGGAAACUAUGAGUUAUGUAUCGAGGAUGUAAGAGACGAAAUCUGGGAUAUGGUUAAACCAGCUGAUCCACUCAGAAUUACAUUGGCCGACUUACUAGCCUGCAAACAAGGUGGUACUGUUGCAAGUAUGCUUAUAGAUGUGCGUGGUUUCUGGGCGCAUGACAAUAGAGAAAAUCUUCUCCAAGAAGAGGAAGAGCCUGAGGAAGAAUGACGGUGACAGAUGCAUCAUGGAUGAAAGUUUAAAGAUGUCCUGGUUGAAAGUUCACCCUCUACUAACAAAACUGGUACCCGGGACCGUGUCUAAUUCGUCAGUCUUAGUAGAAUUUUGUGUAUGUUAACGUAAUCUGUAAAACAAUAGUCUGUGUAACUAAUGGAAUUCCUUUUCUUAAUCCAUUUGAUUUCUGUAGCUACUGGAAUUACUAGACUUUAAAUUGGAGAUAUCGAUAAUUUGAACAGAGGGUAUGCAAAAUACUGUUGUUAUAAUAUAAUAUAUGCUUGUUGAUUGGUAUGGCAA